UAUUAAAGCAGAUGUAACGUUAAUCUUAUUAAUAAUUCCCCAGACUUUUGAUUAUUAUUUUAUUAAUUUAUAUUGUAAGUAUAGAAUUUUAAUGCAUUUGGGAUGUGUCACAAGCUCUGCGUGUUCAUUAUCAUCACCAUCGUAAUAAUAAUAAUAAUAAUAAUAAAAAUUAAGUGUAGUGAUGAAGAGUGAAAGAGGGAAAGGAGAGAGGGAAUUAAGAAUGAGAUAGAGAAUUAUGGGAGAUUGUGGUAUAGAGAAAAGUAGAAUGUCUGAAUAAAUAGGUAGACUACAAGUUGUAGUUAUUACAAACUCCACCUUGUUUCAGUUUAGUUUAGUUUAUUUUAUUUUAUUUUCUGCUUUUAUUUGAGUAAUCGCGUGUGUAGCAAACCAGUAGCCCCAAUAACCGUGCUGUGAAAACUGUAUUUCUAAUGGAUUCUCAAGUACCAGAGUACUGCAGGAAUAGUGGUGGAUCAACCGUUAAGAGAAACACUUGGUUGUCGUCGUCGUCGUCGUCGUCGUGAUCAUCAUCGGGUUUUUUUUUUUUUUUUUUUUUUUUUUUUUAUUAUUGUUAGUUGUUAGUCGUAGUCAUGGACUUUACAUCAUUAUUUACUUUAAAUGCUUUUAUUAUUAUAUCUAUUUUACAAUCAUCAUGUUAUUCGGUAUUUGUGACAAAUAGUAUGAAUGAUAUUUCUUUUGACAAUAAUAAUACUAAUAAUAAUCCAAUGUCAACUGUUGAGAUAAAUUAUUUUUCAAAUGUACUAACAACUGUAAAUGAUAAAUUAAUAAAUUCAUCAAUAAUUCCAAUAUGCUGUCCUUCUGGUUAUAUUGUUAGUAAAUCAAAUUGUUUGAAAGUUACUAAAAUUUCAACAAAUGUUUCUGAAGACGAAGAUGUUAAUAAUAAUGAUAUUGAAUUAAAAUUUCCACAAAUAUAUACUUAUGAUUUGAAAGUAUCUGAUAAAAAAUGGGAGAGUAUAUUUAAAAAAAAAAAAUACGGAAUACCGUGUGAGAACGGAUUAUACGCUUUAAAUCCAGAUUCACCGGAUUAUGAUAUUUUUUAUUUGCUUGAAAAUGGAACUAUUUAUCAGAAUAAUACAUUAUUUGGAGUUCCAGAUGCCUGGCUUAAUGUUAAUGAUUAUUGUUUAGCAAAUAUUCAAAGAGAAAAUGAAACUUAUUCAGUUGUGGCUGUUUGUCUUCCAAACUCGUAUGAUAAAGAAAUACCAUUUACAUAUCGUAUAGGAAUACUUUUAUCUAUACCAUUUUUUGCAGUUACAUUUUUAGUUUAUGCAUUACUUCCGGAGCUAAAAAAUAUACAUGGUAUUACUUUGAUGGCCUACGUUGGUUCUCUAUUUAUCGCAUAUGUAACUCUGGCUGUUGUCCAGAUUGGAGAUUGUGCUAUUAGCAAUAUCAGGAGUCUCUGCAUUUCAUUUGCUUUUGUUAUUCAUUUUUCAUUUUUGGCGAGUUUUUUCUGGUUAAAUGUCAUGUGUUUUGAUAUCUGGUGGACCUUUGGAGGAUUUCGUGCGCUGCAGGGAAGUAUAAAACAACGUGAGCGAAAAAAAUUCAUUAUUUAUUCAAGCUAUGCGUGGGGUUGCGCCGGCAUUUUAACUGGAAUCUGUCUGAUUAUGGAUUUUCAUCCGAGUAUCCCGUCAAGUUUUAUCCGACCGCAAUUUGGUGAACAAAGCUGUUGGUUUACGACUGAUGCUGCAAAAGCAAUUUAUUUUUAUGGACCUAUGGGGAUGACUGUUAUUUGCAACAUAAUUCUUUUUAUAUCUACAGCAAUAAAAAUAGUUAAUCAUAAAAAAGAAACCGCCCACCAUCUUAAGGGUAUUGACAGUCAUCGACACGAUGAUAAUAAACAAUGGUUCAAUUUAUAUCUUAAAUUAUUUAUUGUAAUGGGAAUAAAUUGGUCAAUGGAAAUAAUAUCUUGGCUCUGUAAAGAUGCACCAGAUUAUGUCUGGUACGUGACUGAUAUUGCAAACACACUCCAAGGUUUGAUAAUCUUUAUAAUAUUUGUGUGGAAAGAUAAAAUAAAACGUUUAUUGCUUAAACGUUUUGGUUGUAAAGAUUCAAGAUUUUUUCAAUCUCGUAAUUCUACACGAAGUGGAUAUCACAGUUCAAUGUCUACACGAACUAAUACAUCUACUUUGACUCCUUUACAAGAUAAAUUUAAAAGUACUAAUAGUGUUGAAAAAAAUAUAGCUGAUGAUCAAACUGACGCUUUUUAAAUAAUAAUUAA